CAUAAUUUGAGAGAUGGUGAACGAAUACAAGAAAAUUGUUCUUCUUUCAGGAUUACAGUCUAUCAGUGACUACCAUUUCAGAGUACUUAAGUCUUUACUGACCCCUGACCUACAACUGAAUAAGAAAAUGCAAGAUGAUUAUGAUAGAAUUAAGAUUGCUGACUUAAUGGAAGAAAAGUUCCAAAGUGAUGCUGGAUUGAGCAUACUGAUAGAACUGUUCCAAAAUAUUCCAGAACUUGGAGACCUUGUUCAUACACUUAGAAAGCAGAUGGAAAAAGUGAAAAAUAAAAACCAAAGAAAAGUCAAACAUGUUUCAAAAAGACCCAAGCAUGAUGAAUCCUGUACUUCUCACCUUAGCUCCAACACAAAGGAAGCUUUGAAAUUAGAACCAACUAUGAAGACGCCUUCAUUAGAGAAACAUAGAGACACAAUCACCAAAUCACCUGACAUCGUAACAGCACAGUCACUCCAGGGAAAGCAUAAACUUCCAGAGCUUUCAGCAACCAACAGAUGCCAGGCUGUGAGAGAGCCACAGACUCCUCGGGGGCUUCCAACAACAGCCUCCAGCAGCCUGCAAACUCCCCCAGAGCCUUCAACAUCUCGGGGUCCUUCAGCACCAUUUUCUACCAGUGGCCAGACUUCUCAGGUGUCUCCAGUGACUGCCUCCAGCAGUAUCCACACUGCUCAGGUAACUUCAACACGUUCAUAUAGUCACCAAGAUCCUCUGAAAUCUCCAAAAACAGCGUCCAGCAGUGUCCCAGCCCUUCAAGCAAGCCCAGCGACAGUGACCAGCAAUGCCCACACCCUUUCGACACCUCAAGCAGCAGGGUACAGAAGUUUCCAGGCUUCCCGGAUGACUCCAGCAACAAUGACCAGUGGUUAUAAGAGUCCCUGGGUGUCUGCACCAACAGUGUCUGGCAGUUACAAUACCCCUCAGGACACCCCAGCAACAAUGCCUAGCAGUUUUAAGUCUCCUCUACAGUCUGCAGCGACACAGCCCAGCAGCAGUAGUACUCCUCAGUGGUGUUCAGCGAAAGUACCGGGCAGUUCCUCUGCUACUUUGCUGUUUUCAGCAAUACCACUCAAGAAACCAAGACUGAAAACUAUACCAAAGCGACCUUCUGAGGAAGAUGGACACCAGGAAGGUCCCAAACAAGUGAUGGUAUUAAAAGCAACAGAACCAUUUACAUACGACAUGAGAGAAGACAAAACUAUGUUCCAUGCCACAGUGGCCACGGAGACUGAAUUCUUCAGAGUGAAGGUUUUUGACAAAGUCCUAAAGGAAAAGUUCAUCAUCAACAAUGUCAUUGUCAUCUCAGAUUAUAUUGGCCGCAAUGGUUUUCUAGAAAUACACAGCGCCUCCAGUGUAUCAGAGGUGAAUGGCAAAACUGUGAUGAAUAUCCCACCUUCACUGAGACAGAGAGCCAACGCAACUCCUAAAAUUAAUACCAUUUGUACACAAAGAGUAGGAACAUUUGUGAAUGGAGUAUUCGCAGUAUAUAGGAAAACAGUGAAGAAUGAAUUCAUUUACUAUGGAAUAGAAGAUAAAACAGGGAAGAUGGAAGUAGUGGUACACGGACAAUUUACCAAUAUGUACUGUGAGCCAGGGGAUAAACUUAGACUCUUCUGCUUUGAAUUGAGCACAAGUAUGGAUAAGUGGCAGCUGAGAUCCGGGAGACACAGUUACUUGCAGGUCAUCCAGGCUAGGAUGAGAGACCUGGAACCACCCAAUCCUUACUCACUUAUGGAAAAUCCCUACACUCCAAUUUAAGGACAACUGAACAACAUUGGCAAUGAUGUUUAUGGUAAUAAGAUUCAGCUACAGAAAAAAAUAUAUGCAGCACAUAGUGAAAAAUAUGUAUAAAAUAUGGCUCUUAAUUCUAGAGAAUAGUACUCUUUGACUUUGUUCUUUAUACAUUUUAGGUUCUCUGCAUUUCAUAUUCUCCACAUGCA